AUGACUGCAGUCCCAAAUACAUCGCCUAUUAUUUCUGGUCCGAGUGCUGCAAGUGUAAGUCCACCGCAACAGAAUAGCAUUCCAUCAGAACCCAUUGGAGUGAUUGUGGGGGAGACUCGACCACAGCUACCAGUAAUUACAAAAUCUACAAACCACGAUAUACAGCCUCAAGCUUUCCCUACUCCACCAUCAACCGAAACAACCAAUGUACCACGCGCCGAAUCGAGGGAACCUCCUAUGUAUCUUAAUGUAAUUGACCCUUCGCUCAGCUCAAGUUUCUAUGAAAGGCAAACAGAUUUAAAUUCCAAUAGCGUGUUCCAUAAAUCGAAGAAACAGGAAGAAAUUGAAAAAUAUAAUAAUUUAAUCGUUAAUCACAAUAGACAAGUUGAGGAAUACAACAAAGCUGCUGUCAUCGAAAAUGACAGAAAUAUGCCAAGUGAAGGUUCAUCGAGCGGUUCAGAGCUGCACCGAACUCUGGAGAACUAUAAAUUUAAGCCGCAGAAACUGUUCAUACCGUUGGAAACUGAUCAUGAAGCACUUGAAGGUAACAAAUGUAAAGAUGCCCUACGAGAGUUUAUUAUAAAUAAUUCUGCAUCAUUUAAUAAUGUACUAUUUAUUGAAAGCGAGAGUUUCAAGCAGUUUGUUAAUAUUUUACGAGAACACCCAAAUGAUCCUAUAUAG